AAUCCAGAAAAGUGGACGAACACUGAAUGUGUCCUCUCAUAACCUUCAAAUCUGCAUUUUCGUACUUGUAUCUUCGCGAGACGAUACGAAGCGACAAAUUUGCUGGCCUUAUUCACAUUCUGCACAGCUGAUCGUUCAUUUACACGAGAUUUGUGCGAGAUCGAUAACCACAGGUUACACAUUUAUUAAGUGUGGGUCAUGCAGACCACUUGCAGAGUAAUGUAAUGAAUAGCUGUGGGAACUCUACUACUAGCACGAGGCUACGUGGUUCCAAGUGUGCUGAGACUCAAGACGAGUCUAUAGAUCAGGGAGGAGAAAUAGAGAAAGAAGAUAGUGGUGUGAUAAGUGGUUAUAGUGUCAAUGAUCUUAAUGUACCACGCAGCACCCUCGUCAUUUGUCAGCGAAACUCCAACUACUCCUCAGAUUACGGUUUUACAAGAUUUAAGCCAAGACUUAGCGGUCUUCCAAGAAAUGAAUUUCGAAUGGCACGUGGCAGUAGCUCUACAGAUCGUGCUAGGGGUGGAACGCGUGGGAGGGCUUUUAAAAAGACCCUCAAUGAUCGCGAAUCAAAUUCAGAGUCCAGUUAUCACUCUACAUCUAGAUCCAAGUUUCAAGAAUCGUUGAAAAAUCAUGAGAACGCACAGGGCAAAUACUACGAUGAUAAAAGAAUAAAUGAGGACUCGAGAAUUUCUAAGCUUUUACGACGAUUAUGCCGUGAAGAUGAUUACGAUCAUCUCAUGGUACUUUGCAAGCAAGUGCAAGAAAGUAUCGUCGCACAUGAAAAUCAACGAUACAUACGACGGAACUUGGAAACUAUUUGUGAAAGUCUGUUAGAUUUCUUGCACUCUGGUCCUGGUCAGGAGGCAAAACAACAGGUUGCUAAGUGUUUGGGUCGAAUUGGAUAUGUGGUAGAACAAGAUUUUAAAAGAUAUAUGGACUGGAUUUUUAAUAAAUAUUCAUUGGAACAUAAAGAUGAUGUGAAAUGUCUGUUAAUGAAGUCACUUAUCGAGACGCUCAAGAUGGACUCUGAGAUAUCAAAAUUGAAGGAAUUCUCCAUGCCGAUGAUGUCCCAAUUACAGUCAAUAUUAGAGAAUGUCGACAGAGCAGACUUACUGGUAGCAACUGUGGAUGCUAUAUUACUCGUCAUAGAUUCUUAUCCGGAAACGUUCACAAAUCACUUCCACGAUACUGUGGACAUACUUGUGGGUUGGCACAUCGAUUCCACGCAACAAAAGUCAGUUGUCAUUUACGCGAGUCGAUGUUUGCAAAAGUUGCGCUCGUUCUGGAUAGCGGAUCUGCAGUUUACUCUAACGUUACUAGGACAAUUUUUGGAGGAUAUGGAAAGCUACGACGAAGAAUUGAAUUCGCCCGAAUCCGGUCGUACUUCGCCUGGUGAUGAUGGAUCUCCGACACCGAGAGAAUGCAUUCUGCGAAUUACCUCGUUAAUAUCCGUUUUUAAUACGGUAACGAAGAGCGUAGCCGAGCAUCUGAAUCCAAAUCUUGCACCCAACGUACAGUGGUCUUUCCUAACGAAUUGUCUGUCGAAAAUGCUAAAGACCGUUGUCAAAGCGAUCGAAUUGGAAGAGGAUAACGACACUUGGCUCAAGAUAUCUAAUAAUCCAGAAAAUUUGAUCAAAUAUGUAAGGAACAUGAGUUCGUCGCAAGAACAUGUCGAGAUACUUUCGAAACAUUUCAGUAAAGACGACGUUACCGAGGAAAAUCUUAUUAAGAUGAUAAAGUCAUUGACUAUAAAUAAGAAAAAUGAUAAGAAGAAUUUCAAGAUAGCUUCUGACAAAGGAAACGUUCUGUCCAGGGAGAAAGGACAGUUGUUAAUGAGUGUAAUGCGAUCGAUGGAACCAAAAGUCAAACAGAUUGAAAACUUGUCGGAAGAAAAAGAAGAAUUGAUUGUAGUCGCGAAUGAAUGCGCCUUCUUGCUCCUUGGUUAUCUUCAAAGUCGAGUAACAAAGAAUCACGAGCUUCUCUAUAAAUUUAUCGAUCUUCAGUUACAAAGAGUUAACAUCUUUUGGGACGAUACCAUUAUUUCCAUGUUGAACAUCAUAUCAAAAAUAAUAAAGGAGGUAUCUGCGAACCUGCCAUUGGAGUUGGUGCACACGUUACUUGGCAAGAAUUCGAUGCUGCUAAAAUUAAGAUUCCGAAAUUCUAUUACCAUUCAAAACGCGAGUUUGAGCGUAUAUCACAGUCUUCUCAGCUUAAAGAAUAUUCCAUUAUUACAGGAAUCUUAUCGCUAUAUAUUAGCGGAUUUGGAGAUAGCUUACAAACUUAUACUAUCCGAUAUAGAUAUUUUGGUUGCAGACAAUCCGUUGAGCGAUUUGCAAUAUACGAAAAGCGACGUUGAGAUUGUAGUUACGUUCAUACUACGUGCGCUUUCGGACAUAGCAAACGCUAGUAAUUCGAUUAUUGGAAUGUGGGCUUUGAAGCCCAGUAUCUUGGAACUUCUCGCAGUCAGGUUAAAACCAUACGACAUUGCACUGUCUACAGCGAGUCCGUUUUUACAAUAUAAUAUUCUGUAUUUGCUCUAUGCGCAUUGUUCCAGGUACAAUCACUUCGUUUCAAGCUCCAGCUUGAUAACAGGUACUACCGCUUCUCGCCCGAUGGAUAUGUUUCCCGGGACUUUGGAUGUACCGACUACGUCACCAGCCAGCGGUCAUUUGUCUAUAAUUCUCAAUUUGAUAGCAAAGACAUAUAACAAAAAUACGCCCGCAUGCACUUUACUCCUUUUGUCCACUUGGUUGCAAGAGAUUUGCAUACAGUCUGAAAAGUAUAUCGGAAUCUUGAGCGAAACUCAGGAAUGCCAAAGUAUAAUUGCGAGUUUAAUCAAUUGUGGCGCUACGACGAAUGACGAUGUUGCGAGCGCGGCAUGCAAUCUCUUCGAAAUGUUAAUGACCGCAAAGGAUGUGGUAUGGAAGCAAGGGACCUAUUUGAGUAUUGUGGACCUAGCGACGUUGCAUUUGACUUCGUGCAACAAAACUAUCCGUGAAAAAUACGGCGCUCUGCUAAUGUGUAUGCCCAUUAACAUUGUUUUAUCAAAAUUGAACAAACAGCAUUUAUUCUCAGACACCAAGAAGUUGCGAGAGAUCGUGACUUAUUCGACAGAAUCGUUGAUUCUCGCUCAAAGAUUGCACAUGCGAAGUAACAACAAUGGAGAAUUGUUGGCGCAGCAUUUCAAAACGUACAUGGCGUUUCUACUGCAAGAACAUUAUCUCGACGCAUCCGGGUUAUCGGAAAUAUUUACUUUAUGUUGGCCAGCUGUACCAGAGAACGGAACUACAGCGAGGAUGUAUGAUUUAGCAUUGGCAAAUUGUUCGUUUCUGUUUUUCUGGAGCGGUUUCGAGGCAGCGCAACAUUGUGUCCUGAACAAGCUGCGCACUUCUCUGGGGAAGCCACAGGAAACGUUUACGUCGAUCGAGAGUGCUCUGAAGAUUCUGGCUCGCGAGAUAUCGUGCCACAACCUGGACGUGGCAGUGAAGAAGCAGGGAUUAGAGAGCCAGGAAUUAGAUCGCAUCUUGCACGAGCACACGCGAGUACGACUCUUCGUCGAGUUCCUGGAACAUCUGGAAAGGGUGAUUCACAAUGCGGCUGAUGGUUGCGCGAUGGCGCUCUUACCACUGUCAAAACCAGUCAGAACCUUCUUCCACACGAACAAGUCGACGUGCAAGGAAUGGCUAAAUCGCAUACGGUUGGCCUUAUGCGUAGUCUCGUUGCACUCCGGCCUAGCGACGAGUGCGUUGCGAAACGGUCAGAGAUUACUAGAGGAUUUGAGCAAUGCUGAUAAUACGCAAGGUAUCGAAUUUGAGAGGGCAACAUUGUGGACUACGCAGGCGAUGGUCGCACUCGGCGAAGCGGAGGCGUUGCAGGGGCUCUACCUUUACAUCAAGAGCAAGGACAGACAGUUCUCCUGGUUGAAAGCAGCGAUGGAGGAAGCCGCCGGGCGUUACGAGUCAGCGGCGGAUGCUUACAAGCAGAUCAUCGACGAUCACGAUCACGUUAAAGCAAACGACGACGAAGGCGGCAGAACCGCGAGACUCGAGAGCGACGGUCAAGUGCUGGGCUUCUGCAUGCAAAGACUUUCCAAUUGUUAUAAAGCGGUCAGUGACUGGUCUGGAUUAGUGGAAUGGAAAUCACGAGAGAGCGAGAUGCUGACGCAAGAGAAUUAUGUCGCCGUGAGAAAGCAAAUUGCAGAAAAUAUUGUUCCGCAGCAGGCGGAUUGUCUGAAAAAGUUCGAGGAGGGCAAACUGAUCUCCUUGGACGAGUUGUCGAAUUGGAACCUGCUGGAGAAGAAAAGUAAUUGGAACUGCGCGAAAACGCUGGCUGCGUGCAGCAACAGUUUGACGAACGUUGCGCUCAGAAUUCGCCUUAACGAAUUCGACGAUUCGUUUGACGACAGUAUUAUCGAGAGAUGCCAGAAGAUUGCGGCCAAGGUGAUGCAGGACGGAUUGCGGAAUGUGCCGUCGGAGUAUCUCAGUGAUGCUAUACUGCUCCAGUAUUCUGCGACGGGGCUGAAGAACAUAUCGCGCGGCAAGAAGGACAAGAACGUUUUCGAAUUAUACAAGGUUGAUAAAGUGAGUAAUAUCAAUUCCAAUAUUUUAACGCAGAUAUUGUGGUGGUCCGAGUAUCUGGAUCAAGCGUGCGACAGCGGCUCUACGGAAGUGGACAGUCUACGAUUACAUGUUGUCAGAACGGCCAGGAAAGAAGGCAACUUUAAUUUAGCGAAACGUGAGAUGGUCAAGUACUUGAAAUCGGAGCAAAACCUCAUUCGAUUGGAAAAUCCGACCGCUUGCACUUUCACCGAGAUCACAAGCGGCAUGCUGAACGGGCCUGUCCACGUGAAAUGGACUAAGAGUAGUAUGCGCGCAUUCAGAGAAUUAUCGAAAUUAUUGUAUGACAUGGAGAAGACGAGCGAGGCUUUGAGGAUGUGUUGCGUGACCGCGUUGGGGAUCUCGCAAGCGAUCGUCAGUGGCGAGCAGUCUGCCGAUUUACGGGAAACGGGAACCAAGCUCUUGCUUACCCUGGGUAAGUGGAUACAACAGGACGCAAACGUGAAGGAGAAUCCUCAAUUGGAGGAAUUGCUCCGAUUCGAAGCUAUGCACAACGACGGCCUGAUGGACAAACUGUUCGGCGAGACGAUCGAUUUGAUUCCUACGUCGGACAUGAUAAUCGGUAAACUGAUGCAACUUGGCGUGAAUCAGUGUCCGGAUUUGCCGCGAGCCUGGUCCAGUUUUGCCGCAUGGUGUUACAAGUGGGGCCGGAAGAUCGUGGACAACUCCAACUCUGGUCAAUUGACGGAUACUGACCGGGUAAACAUACAGUCGUUGCUGCCGAUGGAUAUAGCCGAAACUGAUCUCAACACCAUUUUCUCUAUACUAAGCCAGAACAAAACCAUACCCGAGGACGAGGGCGAUAUCGACAUGAACGACAUAAACACAUCUGACAUGAUAGAGAAUCAACUGAGGAAUGUGUCGGUCUUAAGUCACGCCAGCAACGAACAUCUCGGUAUGCUGGUCGACAUCUGGCGACAGGCGCAGAAAAGGAUCUAUUCGUAUUACGAGCUUUCAGCGAAUGCGUACUUCAAAUACUUGCAAUUAGCGAAUAAUGACAGCAACGAGUGCGACACCAUCACGGCAACGUUGAGAUUACUGAGACUCGUGGUGAAGCACGCCCUCGAGUUGCAGAAUGUUCUCGAAGCCGGUCUCUCGACAACCCCGACCGCGCCAUGGAAAGAGAUUAUACCGCAGUUAUUUUCGAGACUCAGUCAUCCCGAGACGUACGUGAGGACUCAGGUAUCCGAGCUGUUGUGCCGAGUGGCCGAGAAUUCGCCGCAUUUGAUCACGUUCCCGGCCGUGGUGGGCGCGGUGUCCGGGCAGAAGAAGAUGUACGGCAAGGUUGUUAGUCCUUAUGAAAAGACCGAUGGCAAUGAUAGCUCGCAGAAUGAUGUAGAUUUGAACGCUGAGGAGGACGAUGACGGCGAUGAAGAAAAGACAGUGGCGGAAGCAAUUGCAUAUAACGACGAACAUGAGAGUUUUAUGGAUUCCUAUUUCUCGCAUUUGGUCGAUUGUCUCUCGAAUCGUAUACAGGAUUCGGUAAUUCAGGUGAAAGUGCUAGUGAAGGAGCUCAGACGAAUCACAUUGUUGUGGGACGAACUGUGGUUGGCAACAUUGUGCCAACAUCACACCGAGAUUACCAAACGAUUCGAGCAGCUAGAGAUUGAGAUUCAGCGGGUGCAGGACAAUAUAUGGCUUACACUCGAAGAGAAAGAUAAAUUGAUCGCGGAGAAGCAUAGGAUUAUUUUGAAGCCAAUUACAUUUAUAUUAGAGAAUCUGCUAUCUAUGACGUCUGUACCUGCCGAGACGCCACACGAGAAGACCUUUCAAGAGAAGUUUGGUGCUUCUAUAGAGGAGGUAAUCAAUCGAUUGAACAAUCCCAAGAAUCCAUCAAAGCCCCAAAUGGCCAGUUUGGCCUUGAAACAUUUGGAAACCAAGUUAGCGCAACGCGUACACCGACGAGCCGCUUAUUCUCUGUCAAUGAUGGACAUCAGUCCUAUUUUGGCCAAUCUGAAGGACACCCGUAUCGCCAUGCCGGGCGUCGCUGCCAUCGAUAACAGGAUCGUCACCAUUAUGUCGGUGGACAAUAAUGUUCAGAUUCUACCGACGAAGACAAAGCCUAAAAAAUUGAUAUUCCACGGGUCCGACGGCCACGUUUACACGUAUUUGUUCAAGGGACUGGAGGACCUGCAUCUGGACGAGAGGAUAAUGCAAUUCCUGAGUAUAUGUAACACCAUGAUGUCAAAGAAUAGCGAUGCCAAGGUCUACAGGGCGCGGCACUAUUCAGUGAUCCCCUUAGGUCCCAGGUCCGGUCUCAUUCAGUGGGUCGAUGGCGUUACGCCAUUGUUUAUACUUUAUAAGCGAUGGCAGCAGCGUGAGUGCGCCGUCAUCAGCAAGACUGGUGGCGGCAAUUCUGCUAUUAUGCGACCGUCGGAACUGUUUUACAACAAGUUGACACCGUUGUUGAAAGAGUGCGGAAUCGGUUUGGAGAACCGAAAGGAGUGGCCUAUUCAUGUGCUGAAAAAAGUUUUGGAGGAAUUAAUGAGGGAGACUCCGAAGGAUCUACUGGCCAAAGAGAUCUGGUGUAACAGUAUCAACGCCGGCAGCUGGUGGCAAGCUACCAAAAACUACUCAUAUUCCGUUGCGGUAAUGUCCAUCAUUGGCUACAUCAUAGGUUUAGGCGACAGGCAUUUGGAUAACGUUCUCGUUGACCUUAACACCGGCGAAGUUGUACACAUUGAUUACAAUGUCUGCUUCGAGAAGGGAAAAACUCUACGUGUCCCGGAAAAGGUGCCGUUCCGCAUGACGCCAAAUAUUAAAACGGCUUUAGGAGUAACGGGGGUUGAGGGUAUAUUUAGGUUCGCUUCCGAGCAUACUCUGAGAGUGAUGCGUAGAGGCCGCGAGACGCUGUUGACCUUGCUGGAGGCGUUCGUCUACGAUCCUUUGGUAGAUUGGCGGGCGGGCGCGGACACCAGCAUAGCGAGUUACGGUGCUUGCCAGGCUAGAGCGAGAUGCACCGGCGUUGGAAGAAAACAGUUGGAACAGGAGCUCACGCGUGCAAUGUUUGCAGUGAGAACGGCGGAGAUGCGCGCCGAGUGGCUAGCUAAUCGAGAUGAAUUGGCUAAAAACUUGCCGCUGCUGUGCCAUCACUUGAACAGCUGGAUCGAGGCGACCGAAGCGUCGCGUCAGUGCCAGGAUUUACUGCAGGACCGACAUCAGCAGCUCGCGCUAGUGAAAGAGGCGCAGGCGAUCGGUCGGAAUCACGCGUUAUAUUCGCUAGUUAAGCGAUACAAUUCGUUCAAACGAGCACGGGAUUCUCACGAGAAGGCCAAGACAGGCUUGAAGGAGAAGACAGAGGAGUGCGAGAAACAGAUAAAUAUGCAUAAUAUCGCGCUAGCCGCAGUACGAGGAUCCCAACUAGGACAGUGGCUGGCGGAAUUGGGAAACUUGACCAAUCAACAAGAUCACGUAGUGUUCGACCUUGUGAAGGAAUUUCUGCAAAACGCCGGACAAAGUCAGAUGAUAGUGCAAUGCGAACAGUCGGAAAACGAGCUGAUGCAACUGGCUACCGACCAGGCCUUCUCCAUAAGCAAAUGUUUAGAGCUGUUGAGCCAAUAUUCCGCCAUCUGCAACCUGUACCCUCUAAGCAUUCUGUCGCAACACCGUGUCGUGCUCUAUCAUACUUGGGCGAGCGAGCUGUUAGCCACGGGUACCGUCGAGGCGUGUCACGAAAUCAUGGCGCGUUUCGAAGCGAGUCUAAAUCCAAUCAAUCCGAGCAAUCCGCAGGUUCAGCAGAUAAUAGCCUUUUCGUAUCAGAUGGAAGCGAUCUUGAAUGAGUCUAGCGAGAGAUACAAGAAAGCUUAUGAGAGGACAGUAUCCCAAGGCUUGCCGGAAGCCGGCAAUAGAAUUGAAAAGGCGUAUGCUGAGUCAAGAGCACAAAUUACCGGAUUUUUGCGGCGGGAAAAGGGUGCGGAGAAAGCGUUCGAAUGUGUCAAUAUCACCGCGCUCUGUUCCUUGAACAUGCGAUAUUUGAUGAUGGAGGGCGCUGCCAAGUGCGCUGGAGAUUGCUUAGUGGAUCUUACAUCCCGCGAGGGGGACUGGUUCCUGGACGACAUGCGUCUGGUGUCGUCGUUGAUUGUCGAGUUUAUCACGCUGAUACCAGAGAGUCACAAGGUGAACAACACCGAUCCCAAGAUUGCGCUGAUAUUCAAGUGCCUGAGAAGCGCCGAUUGUAUUUACAAGGGUCUACAGGAUCUCAAUUACAACUUCCAAACUAUCAUAUUGCCGGAAGCGAUGAAGACUGUCAUCACGGAGGAGCCGAGUGUCAUGCGAAUGAUAAGCGAACUCGACGAGAUUAUAAUACUGACCGGAAUACCGCUCGGUGAUAUUCUGGCGCAGCUUGAGAUGCAUCUCCGGUUCACCGUGAUGGAGAUGGAGAGCCCCCACGCGGUAGUACAAAAUAUAGUGAAUAACAUAAGAUUGCGAUUCGAGGCGUUACUGUCGCGACAGGCGGAAGUUCAGGAUUUGAAUCAAGAGGAAAGUCUAACGCCAGGUCAAAUGUUACUAAUGGGUUUCAACGGUUUAUUUGAAAAAGUGCAAAUGGAAGGUAACGCCUUAGUGGCUAUCCUGAGCACCUUGGACAUUCCGAUGAAUUGGAAGAAGAUCGAUCAGAUACGCGAGGCCAAGGAGAUGUCGGUGCCCAUUUUCAACAAGGCGAUCCGACAAGUCCUCGAAGACAUAUUUCUAAUCAAGAGAUUGCACACUAUACAAGAGUUCUUUAUGAUGUGCAGGGACAUUGCUGCCGCAUUCAAGGGCGGAUUGGCAAACGUAUACGAUGAUGAACGUCUUAACAAGCCCGUCCGAUUAUUCACUGCCGAUUACGUUUCGAGGCAAUUGCUCGGGGUGACGACGCAGACAUUGGCGAUCGCUCUGUGUUUCCUGCUGCAGCGAAUGGGCCUGAAUGUAACUACCGAGAUCGAACAGAGAGAUAUUGGAGCAGAAAGCAAGGUCUCGCUGGAGGAGCUGUGUCGGAAGAUGGUAGAUCUGUGCUUGAAGAGGGGAUUGUUCUCAGGCUCGGUCUUUACGCAAGGGAGUGCGUUGAAUAGCACUUUGGAAAGCACUUGGCGACGGAAACAGGUUGCUAGAUUGGCGCAACAGAGCGCCAAGGUAGCCAGGAUCAGUCUUCAGAGACUUCAACUUCAGCAGACAGCUUAUCAUUGGUUGUACGAAGAUGUCCUAAUGAUGAGACCCAAUAUUAAUCCAAUGAAUCCAAUGAAUCCGAUGCAUCCUAUGAAUCGUUUGAAUCGCUCUACCUUCAUGCUCGAGUUACGAAAAAAGGCGGCGAAAUUGUCAAACUUGCAGUCGCGAGUGUGCGAAGCACGCGAGCAACAACAGAAUCUCAUUUCGAGUGCUGUACAACGUCUCAAAUGGGCUGCCGGCGCCAAUCCAGCACUGGGCGAAGUCAUGUCCGCGUUCGACAACGCGGUAUUAUCGUCGUGCGAUAAAUUGACUAGGCAGCACAAUUUAGCCGCGAUGGUAGUCAACACGUGCAAUUCCAUACUGCACUACGAGGCUCUGAGAACCAGGACGUCGGAGAGUGUGACGCACGAUACCAACUUAGUCAAAUUGAUCAAACACUGGGAGGAGAGUUGUCUAUUGACGGUCAACCUGAACAUUACCGUUACCAUGACAGAGGAGAGCCUCGUACAGCUGCUGCAAUUGGAGAACAACGUGGAUGCCACGUGGUUGAAGCAGGCUGAGAAAAUGGUAUCCGAGGCGAUAAUCGACACUCAGAAGAAACUGCAGGAGAAACAAGAGGCUCUCUUCACGGUCGAAGACUAUUUGAGGGAGCGAGUGAUGAAUCUGCAGAACGUACUCGCCGAGCAUCACCGAUUAAUGUCGGACGUUAGAGCGUUGCUAAAGACAAUGGCCAAGCAGGAGAAUAUCGACGGUCUGCAGGAUUAUCUGCUUGCCUAUCGAUCUUUCACGGAGAAUAUUUCGGCGGCGGUGAAGGAACUGGAAGCCGAGAAUUUCGACUCUGCUCGCGGCAUGGCGAUGAAGGAAGAAUUGGAGUCGAUGGCGAUCAAAGUGCCCAGUCUGUACAAUCGAUUGCUGGAGUUUGCGAGUGAGCGUAAGUUGAAUUUGACGAAAAGCGCGGAGAAGCCUGCAGCAGGCAAUCUGCCGAGGAAGAGAAAGAAGAGGAAGAAGGGCAAGUUGGUGCGACAAAACAGUGUACGCCCAAGUCCGAGGAAGGGGGCGGUGUUGGCCAGAGAUCCGACCACGGGCAAGGCCGUGCAAGAGCGGAACGCCUACGCGCUGAACGUGUGGCGUCGCGUGCGUAUGAAAUUGGAAGGCCGCGAUCCGCAACCGUCACGCAAGUAUACCACGGCCGAACAGGUGGAAUACGUGAUACGUGAAGCACAGAGCAACGAUAAUCUGGCCUUGUUGUACGAGGGCUGGACACCGUGGGUCUGAACGAACGAUGGCUGGCGUUUGCGCGCCCCGAUGGCUCGACACUCGUCUCACACGGUACUCAAAUUCGUACCGUCGUACCUACGUCGCCCUACGUCGCCGUAGGAGGCAAAACACUCCGCUCGAAACCAGCUGGUGAAGUAUCCGGCAAUAACCGGAAAACAUGUCGGUUUCAUAGCUCGAUCGUGGAUCGAUCUUUCCGACGCGACAAUUGAAAAUCCACUGUGCCGAAUGCCGAUUCUAUAGUUAUCUCAAAAACGAGGCUGCGAUCUGUAACUGAUACUUGGCGAUAAGAUGGAAUGUCUCUUCCCUUCCUCCCCCCUCCCCCCCUCCUCCUCCUCCUCCUCCUCCUCCUCCUCCUCCUCCUCCUCCUUCUUUUCUUUUCUUUUAGAGGAAACAAGAAUCGUGAGCAUGUACAACCUCGACCGAAUGCGGAUAAGUAGUAGUAUUUUUUUGGAAGAGCCACGAAUUUUUGGGAGAAAUGUAGAAUCGGCAAUAUAUUCUUACGCUAACGGUGUAGUGGCGAGAAGUUCGGCUGACGAUAUUGAUGGCAAGUCCGAUGAUGACGAUGACGAUGAUGAAGAUAACGCAGAUGAUGAAAGUUUCGAUAACGGUAAUUGCGGGAAAACAGUCGCGCUGUCAACAUUUACCGUAUGAUGGCUAAUACGACUUGCCGUCGUGUAAUGCCUUCGUGUCAGGAAGAGAAUACAUACCUGACACGUUUUAAUCGAUAUCUGAAUCGAUAUUUGCACCGAUGUAACUCUAGAUAUACGUACGGUGUAUACGCGCGAGCACACUUGAGGAUUAAUUUAGAAUCCGAGAUUAUGUAGACGACACAUACCUUAUUUCAACAUUAUGUUUUAACCGAGAUGAAAAGAAAAAAAAAAAAGAAGACUCAGUUUAACAGAUUAAAACAAGUCUGAUAUUAUUGGGUUAUAUGCAAUUAAACAAACACACACACACACACACACACACAUUUAGACGCGCGUGCGUGCGUACGUACGUAUUAAAAAAAAAUUAAUGAUUUCAUGCGUUUAAUCUCCGCAACUUAUUGCCGAUUAAUGGGACAAAAUUAACAAAAUUAUUUCUGUAGUGAGUACACGUGUAGCUUUUAAAGUUUGCCGCAUCGAUUUUUGAGUUCUCGGUUUGAGUUUUCUAACAUGGCGUUAACAUCGGACAAUUCGGGCGAAAGAAGAAAUUCAUCAGCUUCGUAACCAACAUUGACAUUCGAUAUGUCCUCGCUAUUUUCUGGCGUCGCAUAUUUCGCCCAAUCAUUUUUUAAUAUUUAAGUAAUAUUGUCGCGUAAUAAGUAUUUUCUCACAUAUUGCAGAAGUAAAAUGACGGAAACUCGUUUCUUCUCAAACAUUUAUCACGAAUUUUGGAAUUCUAUAAGAUAAUUGUGCAAAUUUAAUUUUAUGUUAGUCAUUAGGUAUUGUAGAUGAUACUGAAAUUUUGUUACGGAAGCAAAAAUAAAAUCGGCCAACGCGAUCCUAUAUUUUUAUGUGGAAGAGCAAUGAAAUUUUAUACGUGGCUAUACACUUUUGAAUUAUUUCUAAUGUAGAACAUUUCGACAAAUUUUACACAACGAACAAAUUACAAUUUUGGCAUAGACGGAUUUUAUUUGUGUAAACUCGGAAGAAAAGAACUCAUUACCUACCAUGUAACACCAUUAAUUUCAUACAAUGUAAAAUCUCUCCUAUAUUACUUGAUGCAAUAUGCUGGAAUUAAUAAGCACCAUACCAUGGAAACAAACGAAAAUAUACUGUGAGUACUCUUAAUUUACCUCUGUCACCUACAUUUCUUAUCCUCUUAUCGAAAGAACAUUUCUGAAUAAUUUUCUACAUG